CGCGCAGAUGACGUCAGGACCGCGCUUCCGCGUCGGGGAGCGGGCGGCGGAUCCCGGGAAGUGCACACCCGGGGUCCCGGCGGCGGGGUGGCCCGCGGCCCCACGGCGGGAUGCACCGCCGCGGGGUGGGUGCCGGCGCCAUCGCCAAGAAGAAGCUAGCUGAGGCCAAGUACAAGGAGCGAGGGACUGUCCUGGCUGAGGACCAGCUGGCCCAGAUGUCAAAGCAAUUGGACAUGUUCAAGACCAACCUGGAAGAAUUUGCCAGCAAACACAAGCAAGAAAUCCGGAAGAAUCCUGAGUUCCGGGUGCAGUUCCAGGAUAUGUGUGCCACCAUUGGGGUGGAUCCUCUGGCCUCUGGAAAAGGAUUUUGGUCUGAGAUGCUCGGUGUGGGAGACUUCUAUUAUGAACUGGGCGUCCAGAUUAUUGAAGUGUGCCUGGCCCUGAAGCACCGCAAUGGAGGUCUGAUAACUCUGGAGGAACUGCAUCAACAGGUGCUAAAAGGAAGGGGCAAAUUCGCCCAGGAUGUCAGCCAAGAUGACCUGAUCAGAGCCAUCAAGAAACUAAAGGCACUUGGCACUGGCUUCGGCAUCAUCCCCGUCAGCGGCACUUACCUCAUUCAGUCUGUGCCAGCUGAGCUCAACAUGGAUCACACCGUGGUGCUGCAGCUGGCAGAGAAAAAUGGUUACGUGACUGUCAGCGAUAUCAAAGCCAGUCUUAGAUGGGAGACAGAGCGAGCUCGGCAGGUGCUGGAACACCUGCUGAAGGAAGGGCUGGCCUGGCUGGACCUGCAGGCCCCAGGGGAGGCCCACUACUGGCUGCCUGGUCUCUUCACUGACCUCUACUCCCAGGAGAUUACAGCUGAGGAGGCCAGAGAAGCCCUCCCCUGACGCUGGGAGCGCGGAAGGGGGCUCAGCAGCAGGCAGGGAGAAGAGGGAGGAUCUGUGGGUAAAUAAAACCUGGACAACUUUGUUAAAAAAAGAAAAAAAAAAGAAAAAAAAAUACCACACACACAGAGAAAUAUGUUCCAAGUUUUUUUUUUUUUCUUCCCCCAAUAUUCUUCACUCAUUAUUUUAUUUUUUAAAGUGCCUUCACAUUGCAUCUUUAUUGGAGAAAACCUCAUUUAUCCAGGAAGGAUAACCUGAGUAACAGAACAGCGAGCACGUAAGAUGACUUGCACAGGUCACUGACAAGUCCAUGUAGAGCUGGGCCUAGAAUGAAGGCCAUCCGUCUCCCGGCUUAGACAGUCUAGUCUCUGUAGCCCUGAGACAUGAAUUACAGCCUCUGUUAGUUCAAACUUA